GCACUUUUCUUUGUUGUUUAAUGGGCAGAGUAAUUUAAGCACUCCAAUUGGCGAACCCAUCAUCUCCAUCCUCUUAUAUCAUCGCCAUCAUCUCUCCGAGAACCCAUUAAUGGCUUCGCUGCUCCCUUCUCUCUAACGUGGAUUGAAGCAGAUAUACUCCAAACUCAUCAUUUUCUUCUUUAUGGGUUAUGACUUAUGAGUGUCCUGUUCAGUCGUUUUGAUUACUCUUCUUUUUCGACUCCUGUCUCUGGAAAGAAAGCAAUCAAUCAGAUCAUGUCGAAAGGAAAGGAAAGGGUGACGGAAGAAUCAGACGAACAAGAUAACGAAAAAGAUGGUGAAUCCUACGUUCCAGAUAAUCAAAACUCACUUGAACUCGGACUCGAUUCGGCUUCCAGUUCAUCGGAGAAACCCCAGGAUGCAGAUUACUCCACUUACAUUCCUUCACUGAGUUACGAGUUAGAGGGUUUAAUCUUAGCCCGAUUCCCAAGGUCCGAAUAUUGGAAAAUAUCCUUCGUCAACAAAAGAUUUGCAAGCUUAGUAAAAUCCGGCGAGCUUUUCAAAAUCAGGAGAAACAUCGGUUUCAUCGAGCCAUCAGUUUUAAUGCUCGCAAGCGGCGAGAACUGCUGGUGGGGUUUCGAUCAAGGGUUUAGUUCCCGCAGAAGGCUUCCCGUUCUUCCAUCUGACAUAUGUUUUGCUUCAGGAGACAAAGAAUCACUAUGUGCUGGGACCCAUUUACUCGUAUCGGGUCGAGAACUUGAAGGUUUGAUGAUUUGGAGAUACGAAUUAGCCAUGAACAAAUGGUACAAAGGCCCUUCAAUGAUCUACCCUAGAUGCUUAUUUGCCUCCGCCACUUGCGGGAACUCCGCUUACGUGGCAGGCGGGAUCGCGGUGGUUGGUGGUGGCAUGAGCGGGACCCAGAUCAUCCAUAACACGGUUGAGAAGUACCACCUGGAAACCCGCUCGUGGACCCCACUCCCGAGAAUGAAUAGACCCCGGAAGCUUUGCUCGGGUUGUUACAUGGACGAUAGGUUUUAUGUUAUUGGUGGGAGGAACACGAAUGAGGAGCUGACAUGUGGCGAGUUUUUCGACGAGGGAAAGAACGAAUGGACUUUGAUCCCGGAGAUGUUAAAAGACAAUCCUGUCCUUAGUUGCCACUCUCCUCCAUUAAUUGCGGUGGUGAAUAACGAGCUUUAUUCGAUUGAAGCUUCUUCGAAUCAGUUGAAAGUUUACUUAAAGGGUAGUAACAGUUGGAAGCGGUUGGGUAUGGUUCCUGUGAGGGCGGAUUAUAAUCGGGGUUGGGGAGUGGCGUUUAAGUCAUUUGGCGAUAAGUUGUUUGUGAUAGGGGCUUCAACUGUUUCGUCUUCUAGAAGUUCGGUGGCUAUUUAUACGUGUAACCCGGACCCGAGAUCCGAAGGGUUGCCGAAUUGGGAGCUACUUGAUAAUGGCAGGAUUCAGAGCUGCGAAGGGCUCCGCGCCUUCAUCAUGUUUUUCAUGCAUUUUGAGCCAGCAUUGUAA